GAGAAGCAACCGAAGCGAGAAAACAUCGGUCCUCCAUUCAUCACGAGAACGAGGCAGCUCGCGUGUGCGUAGGCUCCCGUUAGUUCUUUUACGGAAUCAAAGAAAAAAUCAGGAAAAUCUGCAUAUUUUCCUCAAGUGAAAACUUCCGGAAAAAAAACGAGUCGGCAAUUAAGUUUUCUGGUGAAGUGUUCCGAAAGUAAAACCGAAAAGCAUCCAAGAUGAUGUCCUUACCGGGAAGUAUCGCCUUCGACGAGUACGGGCGUCCGUUCAUCAUCCUGCGGGAUCAGGAGAACCAGAAGCGCCUCACCGGCAAUGAAGCCAUCAAGAGUCACAUCCAGGCAGCGAAACAGAUUGCUCAUACCAUCAGAACCUCGCUGGGACCGAAAGGAUUGGACAAGAUGAUGGUCAGCGGGGACGGUGAAGUGACGGUGACCAACGACGGAGCCACGAUCCUCAAGUUGAUGGAUGUGGAUCACGAAAUCGGUAAACUGAUGGUCCAGUUGAGUCAGUCGCAGGAUGAUGAGAUCGGUGACGGAACGACCGGCGUUGUGGUGCUGGCGGGAGCUUUGCUUGAGCAAGCAGAGUCUCUUUUGGACCGUGGCAUUCAUCCGAUCCGUAUUGCCGAUGGUUUCGAAUUGGCUGCCCAGUGCGCUAUCAAGCACUUGGAUUCGGUUGCCGAGCCGUUCCCGAUUUCCCGGGACAAUAAGGAACCGUUGAUUGAGGUGGCAAUGACUACGUUGGGAAGUAAGAUUGUCAACAAGUGCCACCGGCAGAUGGCAGAGAUUGCCGUCGAUGCCGUACUGAUCGUGGCCGAUCUGGAGAAGAAAGACGUCAACUUUGAACUGAUCAAACUGGAGUGCAAGGUCGGAGGACGUAUGGAGGACACUUGCCUGGUUAAGGGUGUUGUCAUAGACAAGACCAUGUCCCACUCGCAGAUGCCGAAGGUUUUGAAGGACGUCAAGCUGGCCGUCCUCACCUGCCCGUUCGAACCGCCAAAGCCCAAGACCAAGCAUAAGUUGGACGUCACCUCGGCCGAGGAUUACCGCAAGCUGCGCGAGUACGAGAAGGAGAAGUUCUUGACCAUGGUCAAACAGGUCAAGGAUGCUGGUGCAACGCUGGCCAUUUGCCAGUGGGGCUUCGACGAUGAAGCAAACCAUUUACUGCUGCAGCAGGAACUGCCAGCGGUUCGUUGGGUUGGUGGCCCGGAAAUUGAACUAAUUGCGAUUGCUACCGGUGGUCGGAUCGUGCCGCGAUUCGAGGAACUGACCUCGGACAAGCUGGGUUACGCUGGACUGGUGAGGGAAAUGAGUUUCGGAACCACCAAGGAUAAGAUGUUGGUGAUUGAGGACUGCAAAAAUACUCGUGCCGUCACCAUUCUGAUCCGUGGUGGAAACCAAAUGAUCACAGCCGAGGCAAAGCGUUCCAUCCACGAUGCCCUGUGCGUGGUCCGUUCGCUCAUCCAGGAUUCCCGCAUCGUCUAUGGAGGCGGCGCGGCUGAAAUCAGCUGCUCAUUGGCCGUUGCUCGUGAAGCCGAUCAGCUUUCCACCCUGGAACAGUACGCUUUCCGUUCGUUCAGUGUUGCCCUGGAGUCGGUCCCGCUGGCCCUGGCCGAGAACAGUGGUCUGCUGCCCAUCGAAACCCUAUCCGAGCUGAAAUCUCGUCAGGUGGCGGAAAAUACCUCCACGCUCGGAGUCGACUGCAUGCUGUCCGGAAACUCGGACAUGAAGGAACACCAUGUGAUCGAGUCGUUGCAUUCGAAGAAACAGCAGAUCAUCCUCGCUACGCAACUGGUGAAAAUGAUCCUGAAAAUCGACGACGUCCGAUCGCCAGCCGAUAAGUAAUUGCAUUGCUAAUAAUAUUCCUCUUAUUUAGUUUCACGUUUCCAUCGUUUAAUUUGACAUCCUAAGCUUAGUAUAUUAAACAACCGUAGGCAAGUGUGUCAAACAAACAUUAUACAUUUAAUCUUCUCCUUUCAUGCACCCGUGAAAAUACCCGUCUGAAAAAGGAUUGCUAUGUAAGAACCGGUCUUCUUUGUGCUUUAACUUAACGCUAAUGUCUUUUACAGCGGUUGAAAUUCCAACAACUGCUGGAAGAAUUGAUCAACACAUAAUUUCCUUAACUACGCGGCUGUUAAGUUCUGAAACUGUCGGUACUCAACUUGUUCACUUGAUAACACUUACUCACGCAAACACAAAUGAACACACAUACAU